UCAGCAAGUACAGUGGCAUCCCGCGGCCGCCGUGCGACGUCGGAGUCGAUGAAGAUCGGACUAGUGAAAAAGGCACGACCAAUUUUCAACGCGGAAAAAAAUUGAAAAAUAAUGGCCGCGGGCGACGUCACUCGCCGCGCCUCUAUCACCGCGCCCUCCAUGCACCGACGGCCAUCGGCGCGAAGAGGUUCGCUUAUCAAGAACUCCCAAUCUCCCGCAGCGUCACAAGAGGUGCCAUGGGACAUUAUCGAUCGUUGUGCCUUGCCGAUAGUGCUGUGUCACGCGCUGGCCGUCGUCCUCUCUGCUUUGCUGAACGCGCUGCACGUGAGCCAGAUUUCUGUGUUCACUUUGUUCCUGUGGUUCGCUAUCUCCGUUACCGGCUCACUCUGGUUCUACCACAACCUUCAGGUAACAGCAGCAGGCAAGGCUGUGCUGGUAACGGGAUGUGAUAAUGUCUUAGGAAAUGCCCUGGCCAGGAGGUUGGACGACUUAGGAUACCACGUUUUUGCAGGCUUUCAGAGUAAAGCUGGUAACAUUGACGCAGAUAUGUUGAAAGAAGAUUGUUCAGGAAGAUUACAUACUCUUCAACUGGAUAUAACGUCUGAAACUCAGAUACUUUCGGCGUCUUUGUAUAUUGUUGAUCAUCUGCCAGAGGGCGCUCAAGGAUUAUGGGCCAUCGUCAACUGCGAGUCUUGGUGUGCCCUCGGCGAACUGGAAUGGGUGCCGUUCUCCGUAGUACGCAGAGCAAUGGAUGUCAACCUCUUAGGACCAGCCCGGCUAGUUCAAGUGAUGUUGCCGUUGGUGCGACGGGCGAAAGGUCGUGUUGUAUUGGCUUCGUCUAUCCUGACCCACGUCGCGGCUCCGGUGCGAGGUGUCCACGCCGCGUCACUCGCAGCGCUCGACGCUCUUGCCGCUUGUCUGCGUCGAGAACUGAAACCGCGUGGCGUCGAUGUCGUGGUCGUUGCCGCUGGCGAAUAUACAACGGGCAGCGCGUGGCUCUCAGAGGAAAAACUUCUGGAACAAGCCCGCGAUAUGUGGAAGAGGCUUAGCGACGAACAAAAGGGUGCCUACGGAGAAGACUAUUUCGAACAAGCACUCCGCAGCUUAGAGAAAUAUACUAAAAGCCCUGAUGCUGACCUGACUGCGGUGACUCGCGCGUUAAGCGACGGUGUGACCCGGACCUUCCCACUCGCCCGCUACACCCCUGUGUCCCCACGCGAGAAGCUGAAGUCUUUGUUAGCCGAACAUAUGCCUCGCUCGCUGUACGAAGGCCUCUACACAGAUUAAAAAUCUUAUCUACCAUCAAACAACUUAUAUUAAAAAUUAAAUUGAAUGUUCUUACAACACUAAAUUUUCUGAAACGACGUUGUAACUAUAGUUAUUUUAACUUUACAUCUAUGAAAAUUUCUAUCAUAGACUAAAUUAAUGUCAUAAAUUUUAAACUAAAAUUGUAUUUUGAACAAGUUUUCCCUUAUGCUAAAUGAGGCCAGCUCGCCGUUGAAGCUUGCAUGAAUUAUGUAAGCUUUUAAGGUCGAGUAAGUUUGCUGAUCAUUUAUGCGAGCAUCUAACACUUGAACACGUAUGCAGUAUCUGUUUUACGUGACGUAAAUUCGGUUUUUUUUAUUAUAUAUAUAUAACAUAUUUGUUUCCCGUAUGCGUAUUCUGAAAUUAUAAGAAAUAUUACCCAUGAUUGAAUUACUAUGAAUGGAGACUUAACUUAGACAUAAACUCAACGACAAUGUUUGUGUAUUAUUUUGUAUUAACUUUUAAACAUAAAUAUCUAUAUGUUUUUGUUUUUAUGUUGAUUUUGCUUAGCAGUUGAAUAAAACACGUGAUCAUGCGUUUUAAGCUUGAAUACAAACCAAGGUUACGUAAGCAUUCAAAAAGGAACGAAUGCAGUUUUAUUUUUAUUUCAUUUUUAUCGCUGUAUUGAAUUCUGAAAAUAAUUUCAAUCAAUCAAAAGUAAUACCCAAUAAACUAAUUAAGUUCUUGUACGGUAGUAAUUUUUAUCGUCAUAUCUUUUCAUAUUCUAAAUAUCAGUUAACUUUUAACGAAACAGGAAUAGCAAUUUUUCACUUGCCGGUCACUAGAUUUGAGAUGUCAGUCACACGUGCUCGUGAGCUAUGGUCGCUUUAAUGAUUGAUUUUGCCCUUUAACAUGCAAAUGUUAAUCUGCGUUACAUUUUAUUUAUAUAUUUCUAAGUUCUACUAUUUAUUACUCUCAUUUCUAUUUAGAUCAAUUUUAUAAGA